AUGGCCUUGUGGGGAGCGAGUGCAAAUGCUAACGGUUACACAGGCGGCGGUUUUACACGUGAUGGUGCUGGUGCUUCACCAGCUGGUACUGGUAAUGUUCAACGUUCAAAUAUAAAAGGUGUAUUAUCAUGCACGAUUGCGACAAUUUUGGAAUCCAAAUAUAAUAAUGAACAAAAUUGUUAUGUUUAUAAACAUUUGAAAUUUAAUAAUGUUUGUAUAUUGGGUAUUAUUCGGUCAUCUCAAUCAUCCAGUGCCCAUACAACGUAUACGCUUGAUGAUCAUACUGGCGGAUUAAUUGAUGUCAAAGCUUGGGCUGAUGAUAGUGCUGAAGUCUAUGUUGAAUCAACCUACGUAAAAGUUUAUGGCUGUAUCAAACAAUUAGCAGGCAAACUCAUGAUAUCGGCAUUUCGUAUAAAUCGUUUGAAAUCUGUAAAUGAGUUAACAUCACAUCUUGUCGAAUGUGUACACGCAUCAAUAUAUCAUCAAAAACAACAAGGAGGAUCAACUGGUGUAAAUGGAACAACAAUGACAACAAUGAGUAGCAAUGGUGCAAGCAAUGCAAGAAACGGUAAUACCGGAGGUGGUGGUGUUCCUACGAGUCAUACCGGUUUUUCAAAUCUUGAAAAUGGAAUUGUCAAUUAUUUGAAAAGUAGUCAAACAAAUACUGGUUUUAGUGUUAAAGACAUUUGUCAACGUUUAAAACAAUUUAAUGAACAACAAAUAAGAAAAUCAAUUGAGUUUCUAAGUAACGAGGGACACAUUUAUUCGACAAUUGAUGAAGAACAUUAUAAUUGUGUUGAAUAG